AUGAGAGAAUUUUUUGGCAACUACAUCUUGCCCUCUGCUCAGAAAUAUGAAGAGAAAAGUCUGGUGGAUCGAUGCUGGGAAGUGAUCGAUAAACGGACAGAAGAGGCUGUGAAAUCAGAUGGGUUUGUGACAAUCGAGAGAUCCUUACUUGAAGCAGUAGUCGUAAGAGACUCUCUGACGAUUGAAGAGAUAGAGCUGUUUAAAGCUGUUGACUUGUGGGCGACAAAGAAAUGUGAGAGGCAAGGUUUAGCGGCAGAUGGUGCUUCAAAGAGAAGAUUUCUUGAAGAACACCUAAUCAAAGCAAUACGUUUCCCAACCAUGAAACUGGCAGAAUUUGCUAGUGUGGUGUUGGACUGCGACAUUUUAACAAAAGAAGAAGUUUUCAGUAUUAUCAAGCGGUUGAGUUCAGUCUCGAGUUCUCCAGUGGGAUUUCCAGAAACAAAAAGAUGUAGUAGUCAAUUUGAAAGUGAUAUUCAGCGAUGUUGUAGACUUGACUUGCCUUCCGACGUAACGUUCCACCUCUAUGGCGCCACAGAGGCCAUCAAUGUCUCUGUUGACAAAGAUAUCGUGCUUCACGACGUGUGCUUAUUCGGUCAAGAGAAUGCUACUUACUCUGACUACUAUGUAGAACUAGACAUACUGGACUCUUACACUAAAUCAGUUUGUGUGUCUAAAACUGGACGAUAUACCUCAGAGCUAUUAAAAGGAAAGAAUUAUAACUAUAACGGUUAUAGGGUGUCGUUUGACAAAAAGGUCAUUUUAAAGAAAAACACUAAGUACGACAUAACGGUAAAGAUUUCAGGGCCUCCUUCGCUACAGGGAGAAGGCGGUGUCAGUUCUGUCCAUUGUUUAGGAGUAACAUUCAUAUUUAUGAAUAGUGAAUACUCAUAA